GGUCCUUUUAGCUGUUCAGUCGUGUUAGCUCUGUGUUAGCUCUGUGUUUGUGUUAGCUCUGUGUUAGCUCUGUGUUUGUGUUAGCUCUGUGUUAGCUCUGUGUUUGUGUUAGCUCUGUGUUAGCUCUGUGUUUGUGUUAGCUCUGUGUUAGCUCUGUGUUUGUGUUAGCUCUGUGUUAGCUCUGUGUUAGCUCUGUGUUAGGUUCGUGUUAGCUCCGUUAGCUGUUAGCUUUGUUAGCUGAAGCUGAAGCCAAAUAAACCAGUUUGUAAAAUGUCUAAAAGCCUGACACUCCGGGCUCUGGUGUCUGCGCGUCUGACUGCGGCUGCAGACGACAUCUUUGCGCUAUUUGAGAGAACCAUAGCGGAGUAUGAGGAGCAACUGCGCCAAACACAAGAGGAGACCCGCACACGGCAGCACCUGCACCGGUGCUGCGCUGCGGAGAGCCCGGGCACGAGGCACCGAGCCCCGGGGAGCCCGCACGGAGCAGGUGUCCAGACGGUGUUUGUGAGCUUAUACACUGAGAUUCCUCUGGUGAAAGAGGAGCCAGAAGAGCAGAGUGUUAAACAGGAGGAAGAGCACCACCGAGAGCUCACUGUGUGUGUGAAGAGAGAGGAAUGUGAGCUCAGAGAUGAGACACAGGGAGGGGAUAUCAGCGCAGAGACACAGGGUCAUGUCCACAUCCAGACGUCAGGACACACAAACGUUGAUGAGGACUGGAGAGUUUCUUUCAGCUGUUCAAAUGCACAGCCGGAGACAGAGGCUGAUGGAGGGCACUUCAGAGGAGAAUAUGCCACAAACUCAGGUCCAUUUGCUGAUUUCAGGCUUGCUCUAGAGCCGAGUGUAUUCUGGAGGACACAAGACAUGCCUGGAGACACACCCACAGACACACCCACAGACAUACCCACAGACAUACCCACAGACAUGUCCACAGACAUGUCCACAGACGUUGCCACAGACACACCCAGACACAGAGACAUGUCCACAGACACGCCCAGAGCUCCGCUAAAGAAGCACCAGUGCCCUCUGUGUUUCAAAAUGUUUAUCACCAAAAGUCAUUUGCAAAGACACAGCACCGUUCACUCAGGGGAGAAACCUUUCAGCUGUUCAGUUUGUAACAAGCGCUUCAACUCCAAGUCCUACCUGAUCGUGCACAUGAGGAGCCACACAGGGGAGAGACCUUACAGCUGUCCCUUCUGUAACAAAGGCUUCUCUCACAAAAGUGCCUUCAAUUUCCAUGUUCAGACGCACAGCAACGAGAGGCCCUACAGCUGUUCAGUGUGUGGGCGGAGCUUCACGGUAGAGGCAUACCUUAAAGUACACAUGAAGACCCACAGCGGGGAGAGACCUUACGGCUGUUCAGUGUGUGGCGCACGUUUCGGUCGUGCCAACACACUGCAGAGCCACAUGACAACGCACUCUGAGGUGAAGCAGUUUAUGUGCGUAAUGUGUGGGCGGGGCUUUGCGCACAAACACAACCUGGACUCGCACCAGUGCAAGCACGGUGCAGAAAGACCUUUUGGCUGCACAGUCUGACACGCCACAGACAAGAGACCUUUCGGAUGUGCAGUGGCACGCUACCCAAGAAGAGACCUUUCAGCUGUACAGUCCGAUAAAAGCUAUUCAAGUAAAAAGUUUGUACGCUCAAAACUAUGAACAACACGUGGAACAUGGUUAACAAAAACACCAAACUCCAAACUUUUUCUAGAUUUUUAUUUAUUUUAUUUAUAACAACAAUGGUCCACAUGGAGCAACAGCACAACAGCAUAAUAUGCCACAGUUAGUUAAGAGGAUAGUUUCUAUCUGUUGCCCUUUGGCAGAUGAACAAACAGCCCCUGGAAAGAGGGAUCACAGUAAGAUAAAACAGUCAAACAUUUCAUCUUGAAAUUUAGGUAAGUCUGAGCAACAACAGCAAAGCAGGCAGUCCUAACCAUAUCCCCUAAACUCUAAACCCUAAACUCUAAACCUUAAACCCUAACCACUGACCCUAAACUCUAAACCCUAAACUCUAAGCCCUAACCGCUGACACUAAACCCUUAACUCUAAACCCUAACCGCUGACCCUAAACCCUAAACUCUAAACCCUAACCGCUGACCCUAAACCCUAACCGCUGAUCCUAAACCCUAAACUCUAAACCCUAAACCCUAACCGCUGACCCUAAACCCUAACCGCUGACCCUAAACUCUAAACCCUAAACUCUAAACCCUAACCGCUGACCCUAAACCCUAAACUCUUAACCUUAAACCCUAACCACUGACCCUAAACUCUAAACUCUAAACCCUAACCGCUGACCCUAAACCGUAAACCCUAACCGCUGACCCUAAACUCUAAACCCUAAACUCUAAACUCUGACCUCUUACAUACCUUUUCAGACAGAGAAACAUCAUAAAAGUCCUGACAGAGCAGCAGAGCGAGGGAGGGCAAUGUUUAUUUGUGACAUGUAAUUUAUAGACACUUGAGUCAAACAGUUUGAAAACAUUUUAAAAAGAGCAGAACAAAGACCUUUACCCUUUGAACCCUGAUUUGAACUUUGACCCUGACACAGCUGUGAAGUGAAAACCAUUUGAGGGACUUCAUCAUGAAGCUCAAUGAGAGAAGGACAAGGGUUUGAGCUCCACAAAGCAAAGGGAGGACACUCUGAGGAUCUGAAUAUAAAAUAUGUUCAUCUCCUCUUUCCUCUCGCUCCCUCUCUCCAUUCUUUUACCCUCUCUAUUCUCUCUCCCUCCCUCCUCUCCUCUUCCUCUUCACACAUAGACUAGUACACGCCCAUGGACCACUAUGGAACCUACUUGGACACUGAGGGAUUACACAAACAUAAGGCCACAUGGGAAUAUAAAAGAAAGUACUACCAUUGAAUGUUAAAAAUCACAUUUCUACAUUCACAUUGUCUAAAGAAAGUUUUUUUUUUUUUCUUCUUGGUAUCGAGAUCGGUAUCAAGUCUAUUGCGUUGCAUUAAAAUCAAGUUUGCAUUUAGAAUGAGUCAGAAGUUAUUUAUUCAUUCUUCUCUGGCUUAUAUCUUUAUAUAGUACAAAAGAUAACAAAAUGCUAUUCAAAAGUAACUUCAAAAGUAAACUUGGGUCUACAGAAAUCCUCCAUGUUUUUCAGGCCUGUGAUAUUUUUGUCCUUUCUUUUUCCUUCAUAAGUUGCCAUAUUUAUUUUGAUACAGACAGACCACGCUUGUCCCUGACUGGCUAAUCCACCUGUCAAUCACACCCAUGUGAACUCUGGGAGAUUCACCAGUGACCAGUCACAUCUUCACAAAGUAUUGAUACUUUGCAGCUGAUGUCAUCAACAUUCACUGGGGGUUUGAUGCUAACUGGAUGCACUGCUCUGUCUGAAGCUCUGUUAGACUUAAAUCUUUAACACAAUCUGACCAUAAAGAACAGGUGAGCCGAUUUGUGCUGUUAAAGAAGUCACUCUCAAAUAACAUUACAGUCGCAAGCUAGCUAGCAUUAGCCAACAGUUUUUCAGUGAGUCCCUCUCACCUUUUUGUGUAAAAUCAAACUCUUAAACAGGAUCAUGAACGCUCAGAUCACAGACUCCUCAAAAUGUGCUGUUUAAAUCACUUUGGGAUUUUUUAGACUAAAAGACUUAAAGCUUUUUUGUUAGUGUUUGCUAAUGUGUGCAUUGUGUUUCUAUGGCAACUGCAGAAAAUUCCACCAUAGACAUACAUGUCGAACACCCCCAGCAUGAUGUCAGUGCAGAGUAUCAGCUGAUGUUUGUGAAGAUGAAAUGUCUGAAAUAAAAGUGAAAAAAUCUG